AUGGGGGGUUGUCAAGGUAAGCCUGCUGUGGCAGAGACCAAAGCUCCGCCCAAACAGCGGGAUUCGAGUACCAUCAAGAAAGACAUCAAGGAUGGUGGUAUCGGCUAUGCACAGUUCAUCAUUGAGAAUACCGGAAAGAUAGCAGACCACUACCAGAUGGACAAGAAGAAGCUUGGUGAAGGAUCCUAUGGUUCCGUUUCCAAAGCAACUAAUAUCUCUACAAAGGCCAUCCGCGCGGUAAAGACCAUUUCCAAGUCGCAGAUGAAGAACAUCGAACGCUUCAAGCAGGAGAUUGCCAUCAUGAAGAUGAUGGACCACCCCAACAUCAUCAAGCUCUAUGAGUCCUUCGAGGAUAUUAGAAAUAUUUACCUCGUCAUGGAGCUUUGUGCUGGUGGGGAGCUCUUCGACCGGAUCAUCGAAUCUGGACAUUUCUCCGAGGUGCAAGCUGCAAUUCUGAUGCAGCAGAUUAUUCGCGCCAUCUACUACAUGCACGAGAACAAGAUUGCUCAUCGGGAUCUUAAGCCCGAGAACUUUCUGUUUAUGACCAAGGAUCCGAUUGAGAAGAACUUUUUGAAGAUCAUCGAUUUCGGAUUGUCGUGCAAGUUUACACCGGAUCAGGCUCUUACCACAAAGGCUGGUACCCCUUAUUACGUCGCACCACAGGUGUUGGCAGGGAAGUACGACCAGCAGUGUGAUAUUUGGAGCUGCGGUGUGAUCAUGUACGUGCUUCUGUGUGGUUACCCACCAUUCUUUGGAGAGACAGAUGCGGAUGUGCUUGCAAAGGUGCGAUUGGGCAACUUCAACUUCAAUCCUGCAGACUGGAAGAACGUGUCGGAUGAUGCCAAAAGCCUCAUCCGAUGGAUGCUGAAGAUGAAUCCACGUGAUCGCUACACAGCUGAGCAGGCCCUGAACCACGAGUGGAUCAAGAACAAAGCACCACGUGCGCAAGCUGUGCCCUUGCGUUCAAACUUUGUGGACAACCUGCGCGGCUUCCAGUCACAAAACAAGUUGAAGAAGGCAGCACUCCACAUCAUUGCUGGUCAGCUGAACGAGGACGAGAUCAAGAAACUCAGAGAAGCUUUCACCAGUCUUGACAAGAACGGAGAUGGGCUUCUGACGCACGCAGAGCUGAAAGAUGGUCUUGGAAAAGCCGGGCUGAAAGAGAUACCUCCAGACCUUGCGGCGAUCAUGGACGGUGUAGAUGCAGAUGGCAGUGGCGUGAUCGAUUACACAGAAUUCCUAGCAGCCACCCUUGACAGGCAACAAUACAUGAAGGAAGACGUUUGCUGGGCAGCUUUCAGAGUCUUCGACAGAAAUGGCGACGGACACAUCUCAAAAGAAGAGUUGAAACAGGUGCUGCAGAGCAGUGAAGUGGAAGAUGCACUUGGACUCAAAGCAAUUGCAGACUUGAUGGUGGAAGUGGAUAGCAACGGAGACGGCAUGAUUGACUUUGAGGAAUUUAUGGCCAUGAUGAGAG